AUGCCUGUCUUCACUGAACAAGGAUCUUCGUGGCGCGACCUCAGGGUCCUCCCAUCAUUAGCGCCUGCUAUCCCUCGUCUGACACCCGCAUUUAAACCCCCAGACGGUGGCCACGAGCGGUAUGAAGUGGUAAUUAUCGGGGCGGGCCCCGCGGGUCUUAUGCUCGAACUUCUUCUUUCUCGAUAUGGGUUGACUGACAAGUCAUUGCUCUGCGUUGACUCAAAACCCAGCACUCUAAAAUCAGGCCAGGCAGACGGCAUCCAGCCUCGGACACUAGAGGUAUUCAAAACGUUAGGCAUAUCCGGCGAGAUUGAAAACGAAGCGUGCCAGAUGUGGGAGUUUGCCUUUUGGAACGCCUCUGAGGAUCCCAAGAAAGUGAUUGAGCGACGAUCUGUUGUGCCCGAGGUCAUCCCACCAGCUCGCUUUCCUUACGAGGCAACUAUCCACCAGGGUAGGGUGGAACGGAUUAUGGAAACGGACCUUCUCCGGUACUCCCAGAGAGGGGUUGUCAGAAAUACCAGGCUUCUUUCUUUAGGGAUCGAUGAGCACAACGAUCCUGAAUUCCCAGUCCUGGCAACUCUUGAAACGGAUGGCGUGACGCGAGUCAUCCGCACAAAGCACCUGGUAGGCGCCGAUGGCGCACACUCCGUUGUUAGGCAAUCUGUCGGGCUGAAAUUGGAAGGGCAAUCGCUCGACCACAUCUGGGGCGUUAUGGAUCUGGUAGUUGACACCAACUUCCCUGAUAUACGGAGACGUUGUGCUAUCCAUUCUCCCGCCGGCUCCGUCAUGAUCAUUCCUCGCGAGCGCAUCUGUACCGGAGAAUACAUUACUCGUCUCUAUGUGCAGGUUCCGGGCUUAGAGGAUUCGGAAAAUACAGAUGUCGACGCCGACCUCAAGAAGGAUGCAAAGAUGAAGCGCAGCAAAGUCACGUUGGAAGCGAUCCUUAAGCAGGUCCAAGACGCAUUCCAGCCAUAUUAUAUACGACCGAAAAGAGAGGAUGCUGUUGACUGGUGGGCUGCGUACCAGAUUGGCCAACGAGUGUGCCCUGAGUUUAUUGUGAGGGAUUCCACUGGAGUCGGUCGUGUUUUUAUCGUGGGCGACGCCUGCCAUACACAUAGCCCAAAGGCUGGUCAAGGAAUGAAUGUCUCAAUGAUGGACUCAUACAAUCUCGCCUGGAAGCUCGCCUACCACAUCAACGGCUUGACUCCCGCAUUAUCAGACGAAAGCCCGGAUCUGCUUGACACAUACCACAUGGAGCGGCACGCCAACGCACAGCAAUUAAUCGACUUCGAUAGAACAUUCUCCAGCAGCUUCUCGGAUCAGCUAGGUACAUCGGGCUCAAAGUCGGGGUUAUCCCACGCAGAAUUCGUCAACAUUUUCAAUACUGGGAACGCAUUCACCAGCGGCUGCGGCGUAGAGUAUGUCGAAAGCCUUGCUGUGGAGAGGAGCCUAUCUACCAACGGAGAACUCCCUGUUCGCGGAGACGACUUUCUAGCCGGAAUAUUGCGGUCCGGGAGGCGCUUGCUGAAUGUUAAGGUGAAGCGGUUCGCGGAUGGUAGUCAUCGGGAUAUCCAGGAUGAACUAGAAUCUACGGGUCGAUUCCGCAUCCUCUCGCUUGUCUCCGACGACCUACUAGAGCCUCAAGGUGUUUCUGCAACUACACUGAAAGCAGUGACCGCACUCUCGCAACGUUUCCCUGCGUCUCUAAUUGAACAAAUUGUCGUAUACCCACGUUUAUCCGGCGAGCUAAGUUGGGAGAGUAUCCCAGCCUGCGUCAAGGAGGAAACUGAAAUGUCGCUAUACAGCGGGUAUGAUCUGGAAGACGCUUACCAGAUAUAUGGAGUUGAUCCUGGGAAGGGCGCACUUGUCGUCGUGCGGCCGGAUGGAUACGUUGGUGUUGUUGCGCACUUGAAAGACGUGGAGCGCGUCGAUGCGUAUCUUAGCCGUUUGAUUGUUAGAGCUGCAUAG